GGCCGUACGACGCUUCCCGACACGAAGUCGUGUCUAAGGACUGUUACACGGACGAGAGACAGAGCAUGAAGCCAUUGCACUGGCCUAGUUAUCAAUCCAGUUUAUUUAUUUCCAUCAGGAAGCAUUGGAAGACGAAGACCACGCGGUACUGCGUUCCUCUUCCGAUACUAGCGAUAAGAUCUGCUGCACUGGAGAUAACUCUACUAUUCGAAUACAACCAAAAUCUGCACGUAGAGUUGUUCUUGGCACCGGGUGAAACCACAAACAAUCGUGUCUCCGUGUAAUUUCACCUACUUAUCGCGUGUUAAGAGUGAGAGACCUUGGUCGUAGUUGUUCUGGCACCAGCUGCUAACAAGAUGUCCUUCUCGCUCGCCCCGCAUCCCAUCGGGAUCAAGUAUUGGACCAACAUCUGGGCCGAAACGAUAUCCAGGAAAAAACUACACCCAUCCCCAUCCACUAUUUGCAUGACAAAUAGUGAUUUUUUUGCAUGUUUUGCAUGACAAAUUGGAUGGGGAUAGGUGUUUUUUCCUGGAUAAACGAAAGACAAACCCUUCACCGAGUGCCUAUCCCGGUUGACAGUUUUUUUGGUUUUUCCUGACUCUUCCUAAUCUGUAAAAGCAAAUUCUAGCUGCAUUUUAUGCAUGAUGAAUAAAGCAGGAACUGCACGACCUGCAGUGGCAUAGCAAGGAAUUUGACCACCUACUGGUGUUCCAUGCAUUUUCAUUUUGCAAGAACCGACUCCAUACGAUUUGCAGGGUGAAUCGAUGAGUCUUGAAACUGUCAGGAACGAAGCAAUCAUAGAUUUCAACCCGGGAUAGCCACACGGCAAAUUCCAGAACUGGUACCAGAACAAAUUUUACAAGUCCUUCGGCCGCUACUACUACCGCCACCGUGCCGGACGGAUGGGCGCGUUUGCGCCGUUGGUGGUCGGCGGGUUGGCCUUCAAAUUCGUCUCCGCGUACUACGGCAUUCUCCGCGACAAUUCCGCCGCCAUCGACGCGGCCAAGGCCUACGGACAGGGCGGUUACAAGUGCAACCCAGUGCCGAAAUGAAGAUGUUGAGAGGCCGAGGGACGAGAGCUACCUGGGGAUUGGGAUAGAAGGAGCGUUACAGAGAUGACAAAACAUGUCUGUACUAGUUGCUACUCUCGCGAAAAGUUUCCGGAGCCGUUGUACAUCAGGCUCUUUCACAAUACGAACCUCAAUCUUCGCAAGGAAUAAAAUCCAAAUCCAGGCUGACGAAACGAUUGAUGAUCUUGUGCUUCUCUAGGGGAAACGACACUUCUUUACUAUUUUCAAUCGACAAAGUAGACGUACAAAAAGAAAAAGAAAGCAACAGGAGCAGGAGCAGCAAGCCCCUGCGCUUUAU